AACGUCUCAGUAGGGUGAGCGGCUCAGUGAAGAUGGCGGACUGUAUACGUGUUCCUGGUAUUUUGCUGGUGAUGUGCCUCUUUUCAUUUGCGCAUCAGCUUCGAGGUGAUAAUGCCAGUUUCGACAGAUUACCCCUUAAUCCUGAUGGCUUCCAAAAUCCCGGCGCAGGUCCGGGAACCGGGGUAAACCCAGGAGCCGCUGAUAAGAACCAGGGUGCGGGGGCCUCGAUAACUCGGAGGCGCUCUACCGGCUGGAAGUUGUCUGAUGAGGCGGUAUGCAGGGAGGAUCUGACCCGGCGUUGUCCGAAACAUUCCUGGAACAACAACCUGGCGGUACUAGAGUGUCUCCAGGACAAGAAGGAGGAAACCGAAAUCGCCUCCGAAUGCAAUCAUCUGCUGUGGAACUAUAAGUUGAACCUGACCACCGAUCCAAAGUUUGAGUCUGUAGCUGUGGAGGUCUGCAAGACUACAAUCUCAGAGAUUAAAGAAUGUGCUGCAGAGGAGCGGGGAAAGGGCUUCUUGGUCUCCUGUCUGGUGGAUAACCGUGGCAACAUCACCGACUACCAGUGCAACCAGUACAUCACCAAGAUGGCCAGCAUCAUCUACAGUGACUACCGACUGAUCUGCGGGUUUAUGGACAGAUGUCGAGAAGACAUCAACACUCUGCGCUGUGGCAGCAUCAGCACGGGAGAGAAGGACAUCCAUUCACAGGGGGAAGUGAUAGCCUGUCUGGAGAAAGGUUUGGUCCGUGAGGCUGAGGAGCAACCAGGUGCACACCACAUCAAGGACGACUGUAAGAAGGCCAUCAUGAGAGUAGCAGAACUCUCUUCUGAUGAUUUCCACCUGGACCGCUACCUGUACUUGGCCUGCAGAGAUGACCGUGAACGGUUCUGUGAAAAUAUCCCAGCUGGAGAGGGCAGAGUUUAUAAAUGUCUCUUCAAUCACAAGUUUGAGGAGGCCAUGUCUGAGAGGUGCCGUGAGGCACUGACUACUAGACAGAAGCUGAUUGCCCAGGACUAUAAAGUGAGCUACUCGCUGGCAAAGGCCUGCAAGUCGGACCUGAGAAAGUACCGCUGCAACAUGGACACAAACAUGCCUCGGGCCAGAGAAACCCGCCUGUCCUACCUCCUGCUGUGCCUUGAGGCUGCUGUGCAUAGAGGUCGAGUGGUGAGUGGCGAGUGUCAGGGAGAAAUGAUGGAUUACAGACGGAUGCUGAUGGAGGAUUUCUCCCUGAGUCCUGAGAUCGUACUGCACUGUCGCGGUGAGAUCGAGAAUCAUUGCUCCGGGCUGCAUCGGAAAGGUCGGACGCUGCACUGCCUGAUGAGGGUCGGCCGAGGGGAUAUGGGAGCCAUUGAACCCAACUGCCAAAAAGCACUCCAGGCACUGAUCCAGGAAGCAGACCCAGGAGCCGACUAUCGGAUCGACAGGGCUCUUAAUGAGGCCUGUGAAUCUGUCAUCCAGACAGCCUGCAAACACAUCCGCACUGGAGACCCCAUGAUCCUGUCUUGUCUGAUGGAGCAUCUGUACACUGAGAAGAUGGUUGAGGACUGUGAACACCGGCUGCUGGAGCUGCAGUACUUCAUCGCCAGAGACUGGAAGCUGGACCCGAUUCUGUAUAAGAAAUGUCAGGGGGAUGCUGCCCGACUCUGCCACACCCACGGCUGGAAUGAAACCAGUGAGCUGAUGCCAGCCGGCGCCAUUUUCUCCUGCCUGUAUCGCCAUGCUUACCGCUCAGUGGAGCAGGGACGGAGGCUCUCCAGAGACUGCAAGGUUGAGGUGCAGAGGAUUCUCCACCAGAGGGCGCUAGACGUGAAGCUAGAUCCUGAUCUGCAGAAACGCUGUAUGGCUGACCUGGGGAAGUGGUGCAGUGAGAAAACCGAGGCCGGCCAGGAGUUGGAGUGUCUGCAGGAUCAUCUGGAGGAUUUGGUGUCGGACUGCAGAGAUGUGGUGGGAAACCUGACGGAGCUUGAAUCAGAGGAUAUUCAGAUCGAGGCCCUAUUAAUGCGAGCCUGUGAACCUGUAAUUCAAGCCUACUGUCAUGAGGUAGCUGACAAUCAGAUCGACUCUGGUGACCUAAUGGAGUGUUUGGUUCAGAACAAACAUCAGAAGGAGAUGAAUGAGAAGUGUGCCGUGGGAGUCACACACUUCCAGCUGAUUCAGAUCAAAGACUUCCGUUUCUCCUACAAGUUCAAGACCGCCUGCAAAGAGGAUGUCCUCAAGCUCUGCCCCAACAUUAAGAAGAAGGUGGAUGUGGUCAUCUGCCUCAGCACCACGGUGAGAAAUGACACCCUACAUGACGCCAAGGAGCAGCGAGUAUCCGUCAAAUGUCGUAAACAGCUCCGGGUGGAGGAGGUGGAGAUGUCAGAGGACAUCCGUCUGGAGCCGGAGCUGUAUGACUCAUGUAAGCAAGACAUCAACCGGCUGUGUCAGAACGUGGCUUUUGGUAACGCACAGGUUGUUGAGUGUCUGAAGGAGAACAAACGCCAGCUGACUCAGCGCUGUCACCAAAGGAUCUUCAAGCUGCAGGAGGUGGAGAUGGUGGAUCCGGAACUGGACUAUCAGCUGAUGAAAGUCUGCAAGCACAUGAUCCGGCGGUUCUGUACAGAGUCGGAGGGGAAGAACGUUCUUCAGUGUCUGAAACAGAACAAGAACAGUGAGCUGAUGGAUCCUAAAUGCAAACAGAUGAUCACCAAGAGGCAGAUUACCCAGAACACAGACUACAGGUUGAACCCGGUUCUGAGGAAGGCCUGUAAAGCUGACAUCCCUAAAUUCUGUCAAUCCGUUCUCAACAAGGCGACAGCUGACACGGAGCUGGAGGGUCAGGUCAUCUCCUGCCUCAAACUCAAAUAUGCAGACCAGCGCUUGUCUCCUGACUGUGAAGACCAGAUUCGGGUAAUCUUGCAAGAGUCUGCUCUGGACUACAGACUGGACCCUCAGCUGCAGAUUCACUGCACACAAGAGAUUUCAAGUUUGUGUCCUGAGGAGGCAGCUGCUCAGGAGCAGACAGGACAGGUGGAAGAGUGUCUGAAAAUCAACCUUCUGAAGAUCAAACAGGAAGCAUGUAAGAAGGAGGUGCUGAACAUGCUGAAGGAGAGCAAGGCGGAUAUCUUUGUUGAUCCUGUGCUUCACACAGCCUGCGCUCUGGACAUCAAACAUCACUGUGCUGCCAUCCCACCUGGCAGGGGACGCCAGAUGUCAUGCCUGAUGGAGGCGCUGCAGGACAAACGUGUUCGUCUGCAACCAGAGUGCAAGAAGAGACUUCAGGAUCGCAUCGACAUGUGGAGCUACGCUGCCAAGGUGGCUCCUGCUGAGGGCUUCUCAGACCUGGCCAUGCAGGUGAUGGCGUCGCCAUCCAAGAACUAUAUCAUAACUGUGAUUGGUGCAGGUGUGGCCCUGCUCUUCCUGGUUGGGAUGUUCUGUGGCAGAUUCACCAAACGAGUGACUCAGGAGCUGAAGGACAGGUAGACCCCGCUCACCCGGUGGGGGUCAGGAAGUGUCCACAAGAGAACUGACCACCUCUGAGGAGUCCCUGAGGCUCUCCAUGAACUCCCAUUUUACCCACAAAUUAAAAAGACGAAAACACCUGCAGCAUCCAACCUGAUUUGUCCUCUUCAUCAGGGUUUUUUUCUUUUAAUAACUGCUGGGAAAUGACAUUACUUCCAUCCCCACAGGUGAACGUGGGUAUGGCUUCCCAAGCCCCAGGAGGCCAGUUUCUCCUCUCUCUCUUGUUUUUCUCCAGAUUUUUUGUGGGAUAUGCGGUGCAUCUUAAUGAUUUCCAUCUGCCUACCUGAUGUAGAUGCAGUAUUUGUCUCCUCUCCUGCUUUUGUUUUGGGUGGAGGAGUAAAGACAUGAAGGAGCAGGGGGAGUUGCGGGGAAACCUCUCAGAACUGACUGGCAGAGGUGUGAAGAAUAAAACCAUUUAAAGUGUAAAUGCGUAGAAAGUGGGAUGGGAUAAGGCUUCCGUAUAGAGUGGGUUAAUGACUCCAGUAUUUGAAUGAUGAUGCUGUGUCUUUGGCGCGUGUGUAUGCUGUUCAGUUCUGUCUUUCUGCCCCAGUAUUCUUAGUUGUCUCUCUAACUGGGUUUUGGGGGAUAUUUUACUGCUCUGUCUGUUUUAUGAUGUAUAGAUUUUUCUUUGCCAUGGGACUGCCAGGCAGGCACCUCUUAACCGAGCCACAUGGGAUUAAAAGGGGAGCGAACACUCAAGUCACUCAUGUUUUUUUUUUUUUUCAAACAGCCAACCUGGCAUCCAGCUGCAGCCCACCCUGUCCUGCUGCUCCGAGCCACUUUCAGAAUUCCUUCGCUGAGCAGAGCAGCUUCCCAUCAGGCCUGCUGCCAUGGCAACGCUGCAGCUUAGGAUCUCAGUCAGAGCAGAAACAACUUGAAACUGGUUCAAUGCCAGUUGGUACCAGACUAGCUGGUCCAGACAGGUUGAUGGCAUUUUUAGAACAAACAGUUGAACUAAAAUCAGAUCAGAUCAUUACAAAGAUGUGAACAUUUUGUGAAAUGAUCCUGGAAUCUUUUCCCUUUUUUUUUAUAUUAAUGAAUAUAAAUCUACUGUUUUGUUCCAGUUUUAUUUAUUGUUUACUCAGUGUUUUCUGUGAUUUGAAUGUUCUUUCUGGUUGCCUUUUUUUUUCAUCAAGUCUUUUGAUCAGGGAGGAUGGAGAGACAAGAGGUCCGAGUUCCUUCAGGUAUCGACAUAAUCAUCCUCCUUCAGCAGUUUGGUGAAAUGUCUCAUGUGGGGCAUUCACUGACCCCACAUGAGAAAUCAGCCAUCACUUAAUUUAGACAUUAAAAUUCAGUGAUGGUGUUGGAUGCGGUGGAGUUCAGAGGCAGCCGGGACGGGACAGAACAGCAGGAGAAUCUUAAUCGGCUUUUCUAGCAGGCUAUCAGAGGAAUGGAUUCAUUUGAAGCAUUUACAUGAUGCAAUCACUGUUUAAUAUCCACACUCUGCAACGUAAAUGAAUCCAGAUGCUUGGUGGAAGGACUCCUUUUCACUAUUAAACAUUUUGUAAAGCAGAUAUUUGAAAUGGCUUUUUUGUCCUGGUCCGUCUGUCGAUGAGGGAAAGGAUCCAUGGAUGUUUUAUCUCAGUGGGUCUGCUGCUCAGCCUGUGGUUUGAUGCCUGUAGAACAACACGGCCGGAGGUCUGAUGAAAGCUUGGGUCUGUGUGUCCUUGAGCUUUUUGGUCUCAGUUUGGGGACAAUGGAUGAAAGAACAGCCUGCUGGAUAAGGUGAAUGUGUGUGUGGAUAUCUGUGUGUGUGUGUGAGAGAGAGAGAGAAAGCAGAGCGGCUGGGUUACUGUACAUGUGUAGUGUACAGAGUGAUGUUCUGUACAUGUGCAGUUGACUUAUACUGCUACUUUUUCAUCCUUCCAGGCAAAGCUUUCUGUGGUGAGUGCAUCCCUUGCUGCUAACCCAGAUUUCAUUUAACUGCCUUUUUUCAGUUUUUCUUUUUUUUUUUAUAAAAGGUUGUGCCUAAUCACCAUCCAGCUGAGGGUUUCUGCCAAACUGAACGUCUCUGCGGCUCCUAACCAAUGACAGGCUUGGACAGAGAUGGACGAGAGUCCUAGAGUUCGAACUCUGGGCAGUUGGGUCCUCUGUUAUAUUAUCCAGAGAGCUGAUGGAAAGUUUUUUUUUUUCUUUCCUUUUUUUAAGUUUCUGAUGGAAUAUCCUGUACAUAUCUGUCUAAAUCCAUGGAGCUCCUGAUUGGUUUUCACGGUUUUGUCUUCUUUUGUUGCUCUGUACAGAAAACUAUGGACAUUUUCUUAUUAAUAAAGUGUGCACGGUUUCUA